AUGGCGAAAAUAAACUGCACUUCAUGUAAUGAUGCUGCAAGUGUCGAGGAUUGUGUCGGCCAAGUGACCUGUAUGGACGACGAGGAUUGCUUCUUGGAACAAAUCACGACGGACAGUCUGGCAUUAAGGUUCAACGCAGGAUGUCGUUCAAAAGCAGUAUGUAGUGUUAUGGCCACUUUAGCUGGCACAACAGGGAAACGAUCCAUUGUAAACUGUGCACAAUGCUGCCAUGACACCACAACCCAAGGUCAGCCGUGCAAUAGAUUCCUCUGUGGCCAAAGACCAAGCAUUACAGUGUCUGCGAUGCAGUGUCAGCAAUGUCCCCACCCCGUCGCCUCUGCCUCCGACUGCCCUCACAUGGUUACCUGUAAACCUACAGAGCUCUGUUACAGUGACAUAUAUAUGUAUGGUGGUAGUAUACUCCGCUAUAUGCGUGGAUGCAGAGAAAAAUCC